AUGUUGGCUCGGACUGUAUUUAAUCAAAUUUUUCUUUUCAAACCGUCGCAGAUUCCAAUUUCUGCAUUAUCUUUAAAUUAUCGUUCAAUUACUACAGCUGCUCGAUUAAAAAAACAAUUAAAAAUUCCAUCAACACCUCGACCACAUAUUGAACGUCCAGCUGGUAGUGAUGAACUUUAUAAACGUUUGUGUGUUGAAGUACGUGGUCAUGAUCCAGCUGUAUUAGAAAGUUAUGAGAGAUUUGUUCGUCUUGUAUCUACAGAACUUGAUAUUCAACCUGUCAAUAUUGAAAAUCCUCUUUUUUUUACCGAACGUUGGACUUUACUUCGUUCAAAAUUUGCUAAAAAAAAAUAUUGGCGAGAAUAUGAAAUUCGAACAUAUUACAAAAAAUUUCAUUUUAAACAUCUAACUGGUUCAACAGCUGAUACAUUUCUUGAAUAUGUUCAACGAAAUUUACCUGAAGGCAUUAUGAUGAUUGUUGAACGAAUUCGUUUGGAACCAUUUCGUGAUAAUCUGGUAUCUCCAUCAUCAUCAUCGUCAUCAACAACAACAUCAGACAACAAUUCUGAACAACAAGAAAAUUCUUGA